AUGAGUAUAGUGAACGAAUUAACGUACGAUGGCGAAAUUUACCGAUGGACUGGCUCUUUGAGCAAGUUAAAGACCUUUGUUGAGAAAACGCUAAACGCUAAAGGGACAUGGACUUCACCCGGCGGCAACGUCAAACUUUUUAAGGAUGAUGAUUCAGAUCUAAUCAUCAAAUGGUAUGGUCCUCGCUCCAAGAAACUUAUAACCCUUACUGACAACUGCGAUCACCCUUUAAAAUCGAAGCUUGAAUGUCAGGCAACGCUGGGUUUAAGAAAUAACGAGUCAACAUUGGGUUUGGGAAGUAGAGAAACAACUAAAGACGCCAUGACGCCUGAGGUACGUUCAAGCCCUUGCUACUGCUCUUGUAAAUCUGUUGUAACAGAUUUAGAGGGUGUAAAGUUAGACAUGGUAAUUCUCGAGACGUGUUUGGGUUAUACUGUAUAAUCUCUCCCGAUCAAAUGACCAUAGAAAUAAAUUCCCUCCGCAGUAAACAUAAAGAUUUAGAAGCAAUAAUUCGUAAACAGGACGAAGUAAUAAAUAAACUGUACGAAGACAAUACACUUAUUAAGUCAAAAUUGUUAUCCCUUGAAAUGACAAAUCCCAGUGCAUCUAUUAAUGAUUUGAAGAACAAUGCCGUAGCUUAACUAACGAAGUAAUUCAGUUUGCGAAACAAUUAGCGAUAAUGCUAAUGAUCAACAUUUAAAUAAUUCGACCAAGACCAUCAUCAGAACUGCUGCAAACAAUAACAUUAAUGGCCUUACUAACAUCAUUAGCGUUCCUAAUAAUUAUUCCAAAAAUACAACUAUAAACAAUGCAAGUCCAAUUAACUCUAAGACCCCUCAGAUUCAUCAACAAAGUUUACCAACACAUAAAGAGAACAAUGCUACAUGCAAUAAACAAGACGAGAUCACAGCCGUCAAUCAACAGAUUAAACACCAUAAAAACACAAUUCACCCUGACUUAAGUUCUAUACAACAACCUCCAAAGCAUACCAUCCCGUUCCCGUUCCUUCGUAAACGUGGCUGGUGCGCCAAAGGCAAUUUAUGUGAUUUUUUCUACAACACCAAACCUAUAUAUAAUAAUCCUCUACCACCAAAACACCUGGUAUCGUGCCCCUUCUUACAAAAGAAAGGAAGGUGUAAAAAAAGGCUCAUUCUGUGACUUUUUUCACAAUAUUCUACCCCGCUACACUUAUUCACGACCCAACCCUCACCAAACUGUUCCACCUGCUUUUUUUGGUGGGUUCCAGAGUGCCCCGUCCAACCCCAAACCACUUUCCUUGAGGAUGCUACGUACAACAUACCCUCCCCAACCAUUGUUGCAAGUCCCAAUCCACCCACCUAUCCACGCACCACGUUGGGGAAUGUAGAUAAAUCACCCACCUCCCAUGUCCCAGACAACCCCCAAAUCACAACUCCCUUGUCCUGUCCGAUAAAGAUGCCAAUUCAGAUUAGAAUCACCUUACGUAAAACACCCCCCAUAAAAACUGCAAACACUAUUUCGCAUAUUAAUAAUUCAAACAUCGUUCGAAUAACCCCUUUAAUUGCUUCUACUCAGUGCACCAAAGAUUGUGACAAAGGCAUUGCUUUGACUGUUUUAAAUGCACAAUCCUUGAAUAAUAAAGCCGCAAUUUUUAACGAUUUUAUUUGUGAACAUCAACCAGACCUUCUUGCAGUAACUGAAACUUGGUUCAGCGAUAGAGAAUCUGCACCAAAAACUCAGUGUACCCCUGGUGGCUAUAAGUUUUUUGAUCAUCCCCGUUCUGGUUGUCAGGGAGGAGGUACCGGGUUACUUUUUAAAAACAAUCUUCAGGUUGCAUAGGUCGCUGGUGGCGAACGUCAAUCAUUUGAAUACUCGGAAUGGAAAGUUAUAAAUAAAUUUGAUUAUUGUGUACAGAUCACCAUAUUCUGUAGCCCACCCGGUUACCAGUGCUGUAUUCUUUGUGGAAUUCGCAGAAUACCUAGAAUCAAUAGUUCUGAGUGCAGAUCCUCUUCUUAUUGUCGGGGACUUUAAUAUUCAUAUCGAUUCUAAUGAAAACUAUGAUGCUAUCAAGUUCUUGGAACUUUUGCAGAGUUUCAGCCUGACUCAACAUGUUGAAGUCCCCACACAUUCCAGCGGCCACACCUUGAUUUAA